AGACUACCGCACAGCACGUCGUCCACACAGCAUCAACUUCAAAACAUAUCGGACAUAGAGGAGGAAACGGGGUAUCGUCUGGAAUAUCGACGGCUAAGGGCUGCUUAACCAGCCAAGGAAUCAAAUCAGCCUCUCCGAGCUGUGCUGGAGUGAUUGGUCCAGUUCCUGUCCAUCCAGUGAGUCCAGUGGUUGUCGGCCCUGUGAGCUGGUUGAGGGGUCUCAGAGCUGUGGAUUGCAUCAUUAUGGAACAAUAGCAGUGGGAAUCAAAGCUCUCCCUCCUCCUCAUCCACCAUCUCCUCCCACAUUUCUCUUUCUCUCAGCCUGACUCUCCACUGAAACCCUCCCCCUAGCCAAUACACAGUCACCCACGCGCACAUGCAACCGUCUGACCACUCCUCCCACGCCGGUCAUGGUCCACUCCCCCCGUCUCUCCAGUCAGUCAGGCAGUGAGUCAAUGGAAGCUGUGUAAUCCUCUGUAAAGUAGAGGGCCUAUACGUUUGCAUAUGCGCCCUUUUGUCAUGGCGGUUGUUGUUGUUGCAGAGGCCUCCCUCAGGAGAGAACAUGAGGGAGAACAGAAGGCAGCAUAAAGCUCACAAAGGGAGGAAGAGAAAGCAAGGGAGUGAGUGAGUGAGAGACACUGACGCUGCCAUUUAUCUGACCGGGGGAGAAUGAGCUUCACGGGGCAACGGAUAGAAUUCAGUGGAGGUGAAACUACAUGAUGUGGGACUGGCAUUACUACCCCACACCAAUCACGAAAUUGGACCAACAGUCAACCUUGGAGAUAUUUGCCACAUACAGUUUUGGAAUUUUAAUAUUUUGGGAUAUUUUUUUAUUUUCCUGCUCCUGAGUGGUCUCUUUCCAUCGCAGCCUACCAAAAGUGCCUUUCAUGUGUGACUUUUGUCAAUUUUUUUACUCAUCCUACUUCACAUUCAAACUCCAUAUUCCCAUAGAAUAUUGCUAGUAACUUUACAUACUUUAACUGUCAUAUUAAACGUGUUUUGCCAUGUUUUAGAGAAGGUACAUCCACAACACCAGCCUCCACCUAGUCACACUUGACAAUCAUCACCUUACUGCUCUGGGAGAGUGUAUUUAGCUUGAGCGUCAGGUUACUCAAGACUAGCUGGACUUUCUGCACUGCCUCCUCUGGAUCUCUGUUUUUUGAAGACACAGAGCCAUCGCCAUGGUCACUAUCCAGUCCAAAUGGCGCUAUCUUUUCAUGUUCCUGGGCAUCCAGCUGGUGGUCAUGGCAUUGCUGUCCCGAGAGGGAUACCAGAAGAGGGUCACCUACUUCAUCCGCAUCUUCCGCAAGCCCGACACCACUGGUUUGCCAGGGCGCAACCACACAGCAGUGGGCAUCUCUGGAGGGGAUGUAUAUGCCAACCUCUCUCACAUAUCCAAAGCUCAUGGCCAUGGAGAUGGCAUGCCCUACUGCCCGAAGACAUCGCCUUUUAUAGGUGGGCCAAUCCAUGUCAGCUUUCCAUCAGGGCUCACUCUAGCGGAGGUUCAGAGGAAGAAUCCACUCGUGGUACGCGGCGGACGCUACAGGCCACCUGACUGUGAGGCGAGGCACCGUACAGCCAUCAUCAUCCCCCACAGGCACAGAGAACACCACCUAAAGUUCCUGCUCUACUACCUACAUCCUUUUCUGCAGCGACAACAGCUCAACUAUGGAAUUUAUAUCAUUCAUCAGGCCGGAAACUACACGUUCAACAGAGCCAAGCUAAUGAAUGUGGGUUUCCGGGAGGCCAUGAGGGAGGAAGACUGGGACUGUCUCUACUUCCAUGACGUGGACCUCAUUCCAGAGGAUGAUCGCAACAUAUAUGUCUGCGACUCCAACCCCAAGCACGCAGCCAUCGCAAUGGACAAGUUUGGCUACAAGCUUCCGUACAAGAUGUACUUUGGAGGAGUGUCAGCUCUGACGCCACUGCACUACCUCAAAAUGAAUGGCUUUCCCAACAACUACUGGGGCUGGGGCGGAGAGGAUGAUGACAUUGGAGUCAGGGUGUCCCUGGCCGGGAUGUAUAUCACUCGUCCAUCAUUAAAGCUUGGCCGUUACAAGAUGAUUAAACACAAACUGGACAAAGGAAAUGAUGUGAACCCAAAGAGGUUCAACAUGCUGGCCAAGACACGUCAGACCUGGAAGAUGGAUGGGAUGAACACUGCUGAAUAUGAAAUAAUAUCAAGGCAGUACCUUCCCCUCUACACCAACAUCACUGUCAACAUUGGCACUGAGGCCGGUCUACAUGCACCACCUCCUCCCCCCAAAGCUGGGGGCAAACCUGCAGCUGAAGCACCAGCUGAAGUCCCAGCAAAAGGCCCAGCCAAAACGCCUGCCGAACAGAAAGAGGGCCACUCAGAGAAACAGUCUCCCCCGAAAGGCCGCUAAUCAUGUUUCACUGCCGUUACUUCAGUAGGAUAAUCCUAUCUGUAGAUGCUGUAGGAUGGUGGUUUUUCUUCCAAGUGGCCUGAUUUUUUUUUUUUUUUUAAUUUUAAGCUUUUUCAUUUGUUGGUGAAGGACUUAAGUUUGUGGAGAAUCAACAUCAUACUGCCUGCAGACAGUCAGGCAGACAUUUGGGUGAUUAACACACCUGGUUUAUCAAAAAUAAAAACUGUAGACAUGAUUUUCUCAGCCUUUAGGUGACUGUUCUCCACCUGGGUUCCUGGGAUCCUGUUACAUCACUGAUUAUUCUUCCAAGGGAGCCACAGUAAAGAGAGAAGGCUAAAAGUUGGACUCUAUGAGUUUAUAUAUCUACAGCGCUGUGGUCGCUGGUUAAACCUUGUGAUGCCUUAGAAUCUUUUUUUUUUUUUUUCACUUGUAAUUUACAUUAUUUAGAGUAUUGGGUUUAAUAGAGCAGUAGCUGCAAUUUCCAGCAGUCACACUGUG